CUAUUUACUUGUAUUCAGUAUUACUUGUAUAAAAAGGAUGUAGGAACUUAAAUUCGUUUACUGAUCGACGGUCUUUCCGCCUUAGGUUCUAAACCAAAAAAUAAAAAUUUUGAAACAAGAAAUUGAAUAACGGAAAAGGAUGAACGAAGAACUUCGUUGAUUACUUCGUGUAAUCUAGUCACGACAAAACCGGACAGAGUUCUAUGCUGUUUUUAACCAUUUUAGCUGGCGCUCAAAUGUGAUGCAGUUGUAAAUAUCCGCCGGAACCUGGAAAAAUGUUGAAAAAUCGAAAACAUGUGUAGUCCUUUUCACUGUUGAAAAGGAACUUGAACUUUUUCCCCGGGUGAUCGGUGAUCUAGGCUUGUGUAUAAAAAUGCAACUCAGCGAGUACCACAGCAUCACUCUUCUCUUUGAGGCAGAGCUAAAAUCAUAUUCAAAGCUGCAGAAGGUUGCUCUCAGCUUUGCAGUAAUUUGCUAGUACAGAUAACUUGUAUUUUUGUCAGUCAUCCUUAUAACAACAUGGAUUGGAUGUUUUCAAAUGGAGGCGCUCCAUCUUCCGUCCUCAUUCCGUUGGGGACAUAUUACAACAACCAAUACUACACCAACGACCAAUGCUCGACCAACCUCGAAGAACUUGUAACGCAGUUGCAAGCCGACGAUCCGAAAAAUCAUUCACGUCGACUUGGUCUUGGCUUCAUCGACAUCAUUAAUAAGGACCUGAAACCUAUGCUGAUUGGUUGUUUUAAAGAUGAACCUGCAAUUUUUCGAUCAGCAGUUAAAUUGUUGGUUGGUAUAACUACGCCCAUUCGAUGCCUCACUUUUGUAGAAACAUCCAGUCAAAGAAUCCAUGCAUCAACUAUUAUCUGUGAACUUAGGCAACUUCUUUACAGGGCCAAAGAAUCCUUCCUCGACGCCAGGAGCACUAGAGCUAUUAUCGCUCAUGUCGAGAUUCUUUUGGAACAUCCAUUUUUAACGAUGGAAGAAACUCGGUCCGUAAAUUUUUGUUUGGCACUUCUUCGAAAUGUUCUGCACAUUCCGGAGCGCCCUUCAACAAGUCAUCCGCAGAUGCUGUUGGCUCAGAGUUUCAUUGAUCACACGACAUACAACUCUCAGCAAAACCAAAUCGUUGUUAACCUCUUUGCACAAGGAUUAGGUCCGCUUCUCCUAAAAUUAUUGGACUGCCCACAAAUGGACGAAUGGGUGGGGACUGUCACACAAGUGAUCUCGGUCCUUUUCAAAGGUCGGUCCGCCGAAAGCAUACGGAACCGAUUGGGCACCGUGGUUGAGAUCUCUGAAUCAUCAGAGGAAGAAGACAAAAGCAGCGUCGUGUCUGACAACAUCGACACACUUAGGAACAUGACUUUGUCGUCAUCGAAUUCGUCAACAUCAAGCAAGAGACACAAGAAAGAAACCAAAUUUCAUCAAAAAAAGAGGCGCAUUGAGGUGCGAUUGGAACUGACAGAAGAAGUUUCCAAACUUUUGGGAAACUUUGUUGUUGACUUUAUGCCAAAAGGUUACAACACACUUGUUGGUGGAUUGCACCAACAAUCACUAAGACACGAUUUGGACUUGCCAAUGGAUCAGGCACAAUUUUUCUGGGUUAUUGCGUAUUUUUUGGGUUUUGCACCAAUUCUUAAAUUGGACAUAGGGCACUUCAAAAAGGUUUUGGAUAUUGAAAUUCUUUCCUACUUGACGUGGAGAGUUGUUCGUGAAUCGGAAGCGUUGGACGGAAACACUCUGCGUUUAGUAAACAAGGAAUCUAACGUUCGGCGAUUGCAUCGCGGGGUUACGGCCAUCCGAGAAUUUCUACAAAUGUUGAAAAUCUAUUCUCAUACUGACAGCGACGAGUCUCGAGGAUUCGAAGAGUGGAGUCGUCUACUUCACGGUUACUUGCCGGCAAUGAGAGAUCUUCGUCAAUCUUUUUUGCUUCUUUUGCGUCAGUUUAAUCCCAGAUUUCAGGAUCGACAGUACCUACGUGAUCUAAUAACAACAAAUCACCUUCUAAUGCUAACCCUCAACAGAGCUGCCGAGUUCCCAGCGUACGGUGGGAGUUGUUUUGAUUUGAAAGAACAUUUGAAACAAUUCUGCACUCCCGUGAUCGUGGCUAAAUACGGAAUCGCUCUUAGUGAUUUUAGAACCAAUGACCCUGUCGUGAACAACUGCAUUUUUACUUUUUUGCAACAUGUCAAUGUUGAUCUCGGUAGAAUUGACCUUUUGUUGGACCCGGUUAUUGUGCGUCCGUUCGGCCAAAUCCGAGAGGAAAAAUUUCAUGUUGACAAAGAUUGGCAUGGCUUGAUUCAUUGUGUCCUGCAGACAUUUGAACGUAGUCAACCGAAUCUCUAUCAUCAGUACUCGAGGGCGAUGAAUGAAUUGUUCUAUCCAGAAAGCCCAACAUCAACGGAGACCAUGCAAAACGAUCAUUUGCCCGUUUUUCGACAACUUGAAACCAACAUCGAAACACUCCUUUGUCAGCUCAGGGAUUCAGGGUUCCACAGGCAACUGGAUUGGAUUCAGUCGUCUUUAUUGAAGACUUGUGCAGCUCAUUUGGGCACUUAUGAUGGUCGUAAUUUCUGCAAUCCUAUUGCUUGUUUAAAUCAAAAAAAGAAACUAUCGUGCCCUAUUGUUCCGUGGACGGAAGUGGAAGCCACUGCCCUUCGUUCGAACCGUUUCUUUUGCCUUUUACAGCAAUUAGAUCUUCUACCGAUCUCUCGUGAAGCUGGAUUUUAUCCUUGCAUUCCACAAAAUUGGACCCCGAAGAUUAUGUUUAAAGUCGCUCAAAUUUUCGGUCCCAUUGACCAAACAAUGGUAGAUUUUGAUCUUUUUCUCGUGAAAAACGUCACGACUGAGCAGAGCCAUCCGCACUCACUUUUAAGAAAAUCUACAGCACAUUACCUGAGCGAUUCGCUCCAACAGGCAACACAAGUUAACAUUGAAAAUGAAGGAUUUCUUACGCGUACUCCUUCGCCACCGCACCUUUCCAGCCAAGUGUUGGACUGGAUAGUGGAUCAGCAGGCAAGCGUCAGAGGAUCCAAGCCUAAAGGAGAUGAAACCGAUGAAACUACGCUUAGCGAUUCUGAAUGAAAAUACAGUAGGAGCACCCCCUUAUUAUUUUCUUAUGACCAGAGGGAGGUGGGAAAAACCAGGGUGGGCAGAAGGUUAGGUUACCCUCCCUCAAUCCUGAGCGGCUCUCUUAAAUUUCGUUGCGUUGGUUUUACACAAUUUAGUCUCCAGCCUAGUCGACAGCUGGUUAUGUGCACUUUCACUUCGACCAAGAAAGUGUCUAUUCACAGCAAGAUAGCAUUAGCAUUCCCGACAUUUUUUCCAAAAUUCGCGAAGGUUUCAAAAUGCACUUGCAUAGGGUCAUAGAGUCUCACAUUAUAUGACAUAAGAAGUUUCCGUUUCCUGUUUAAGGAUCUCUUUAUUAAAGUUUAGUUACUUAUGAAAUUUCAGAAUUUCUUGAACUUUUUCCGUUUCCCGCUCGCAUAAAAAUUAAGAACAUUGUAAGCGCCUUAUUCUAUUUCUGUCGAAGCUUCUUUGGCCUCCAUCUGUGCCCACCUGUUACCACCGUCGAUCUCCUUAUAUUUUGUCAGCAAAUACUUUCUGUGAUACGUGCCGUGUGUUUCGCAUUUGCUGUUGUGUACUCAAUUUUAAUUGUUGUUAGAAAAUACUACUGCGUUUGUACUAUUUCA